CUGUCUGUGUACUGUAGCUGAGUUCCUAGGUUCUCUAGUUGCUGAGAUCAGAGGGAAGUGCAUUGCUUGCCAACAGACUAUAUCAUCAUACACCACCUCACAGUGGGCUCCUUCCUGGACAGUGAUGACACACAGAAGGCACUGACUGCUCUGUGUUGCCUUAGAAACCAACCCCAGGAUCAACAGUGGGUAGCUGAAAAUCUGAAUUGAAGGCAGAAAUUCUUUACAGACCAGAGAAUGAGAAGUUCAAGCUCAGGGAGGAGAGGCAGUGGGGAGGAGUAAAGAACACGAUGCUAUUCUUGAAGCUGGAGAACAGUAGAGCGAUUGCUGAAGCCAAGAGCGCUGAGGGGAAAGAGCGCCAGACCACAGAGCCAGCACAAGUAACCACUGGGGCUUCGAGAAUAUGCAGCAAAAGACUACCACAGCAGGACACAACACUGAGGGCUGUCACCUCACAGUCACCCAUGGUGACAGACUCAGAGUGGUUUGGUCUGAAUCCAGAGGAACAAUUGGCCUGGGCUAAGAGUUCUCAAGACCCUCGGAUUGCAGUCGGACCCUAUUCCCCACUAGAAAAGAAAAUUAAGGGUUUAGGUGGCACCCAUGCUUCACGAGUGAGAAAACUGUUAGUCCAGGAGUUGCAACAGGAGAGUGAAACAGUUGAUAAACUUAAGACCAUGUCUUUUGACUUCCGGUUUGCUAAAGCAGAUUCCUACUACUAUCAACGGCAUCAGGAAAUGAUCAGAGAAGCGUGGAAUUACAAACCAGACUCGGAAUGGGACAAUAACCCAGAGGGAGAAAAGAAACCAAAAUGCAAAAAACCAGAGAAUGGUAAAAAACAGGAGUACCUAGUGCCCGAGAGGGAAAUGAGUCAGAUAGAGAAGCACAUACACAGAGCUGAGCGGGCUAGAGGCCUCAGGGACCAAAAAUACCGACUGAUCCCUCAGAACAUUCCAAAUGAGAUGUUUUCCCCAAAAUCAUUAGUGCCAGAGGACGAAAAGAAUAAAAACAUCCAGAAAACACACAAAACCAUACCCAAAAAGCCUAAAGUAGAGUGGGCGAAGGAGCAGAUGAAACAACACAGAGACCGGAUGGUGAGAGGCAGAGCGCUCACCGAGCAGAGAAAGGACCAGAAGAAGACGCCAAUGUUAACCAGCCACGCCCGCCCUCACUUAAAACCCAAAGGGAAGAAAAAGGAAAAGAAAGAGUUUGAAAAGGUCAUAGCUUAUCCCAUCUACCAGCCUUCCAACGAAUCACUUAUAGAAGUGACAGUUCUGAUGGAAAAGUCGAAGGCGGAAAACGUACAAAAACCACUCCAAAGGGAACUCCUGAGUAUGCCACCAUUUUUGAAAAGUCAACUAAAGAGAAAUAAAAAGCUUAAGCCAUCUCCUUGAGUAUUGUCCUUUCUUUCUCAGACUAGCACCUUUCAUAGUAACCAGUACAAGGAACUUAUAGAAACCAGACAUUAAAGGGGGAAAUGGCAGCUCUACACACACACACACACACACACACACACACACACACACACGCCUGGUGUUGUAGACACAAACUGGUGUGUUGAGACCACAAGCUGUAUGUUUCAUUUUCUCUGGGCUAAGGAGUAAGAAACUUAAAUGAGGACAGAAUGACAGCUAAUGGUAUAAGACCUGGGGGGGGGGGGGGGGGCGGGGUCUAGUUUUUUGGGUUUUUCUUGUUUUUUUGGUGAUGGUUGCAUGCCCCAUUGAUUUUAAGACACCAAAUCACAUCCCAAUUGAAUUGGAUUGAGUGUGUACUCUCAACCAAGCUGUUCUGACAGAAAAAGAAAGGAUCGCUAGUGUUUACAGGCAAGCAAAUCCAGAAAAUGUAGACAAAGGGCCUAUCAUCCUGCCAAGAUUCUAAAGGUUGUUACAAAGUUUACACUUCUAAAACCCUGCAGGCAGAGCAGGGGAGACAUCUCAGCAGGCGAGAGUGCUUGUUACCCAACCGACAGGACUUGAAAUCAGAUCCCCAGCUCUCAUGUAAAGGUCAGACAUGGACACACGUCUGUAAUCCCGGUACUCUCAUAGCUAGAUAGAAAAAAGGUGGAAAUAAAAUCCCCAGAAACCUUAUGGGCAGUAAGUAGUUCCCAGUGCGGCAGCAAACAAAAGAAACCCUGCCUCAAAAGAGGUGGCAGGGGGCUGGGGAUUUAGCUCAGUGGUAGAGCGCUUACCUAGGAAGCGCAAGGCCCUGGGUUCGGUCCCCAGCUCCGAAAAAAAGAACCAAAAAAAAAAAAAAAAAAAAAAAAAAAAAAAG